GCCCCGAGUCCGCCCUCCCGGCGUAGGCCUGGCGGCGUGCGGGCCGCGCCUCCGCGCUGAGGGGAAGGAGGGGGAAAAAGGGGGAAAAGGCGAAAAAACGGCGGUGAGGACAGGCCGUGGGAGGAACAUCGGCAUGGGCAGAGCUGCAGGUGGAGAGACCCGAACUGCGCCAGCACCAGGACGGAGCAGCCCUGCUCUGUUUGUGUAACUGCAGGCUUUGGCUGUGGUGAUCAUCCCACGGGGCCGGUGGCAGAUAAACACCUUCAAGGACACCUUUGUCCAACCGGCCGUUGUUCCACAGCUCUGGGCUGGGCUGGCAGCAGAAUAAGGGAGCUGAGCGAGCACCUCAACCCUCAGCUCGGCUCUGGCAACUCUCACACCCCUCACUCCUUGCUGAGAGGGCGCACAGAGCGCACAGAGCACACCCCGCUGUGCCCUUUCUUGGAGCUGCCAUCAGCUGGAAUGUGGAUCCACGCACACAGGCGGAGCGGGGAGAGCAGCGCCUGUCAUCCACAGCGAGCGGCCGAGCGGAGCUGCAGGUGGCUGUGAGGACAUCCCAGUGCCCAGCACUGCCCUCCAGCAGCGCCCCGCGGGCAGAGCAUCCCCUGGAGGGGCCUUUUAGAUUUGCUGUGUGGGUUGGCGCCUCAGAUUGGUGCUCUUUGGAUUGUUUCAGUUACUUUGAAGCGACAGGCAGUGCCCGCUGAGGGAGUUGGGCUCCUGCAUGCGUUGUUUGUGGAGUGUCUGAACUUUGCAUCCUAAGGAAGCGGAGGUUGGGACCACAGCAGGACAGAACUGUGUGCUCUGUUGCGGAGGGUCCGUCCCAGCGGGGGAUCCUCGGGACCACGCAGCGCUGCUGACGGAUGCUCUGAGCUGCCGGGAUGGAGCUGCAGUCUGAGCUGGGGGCGAUGCUCACCACCACGGGGGACGAUGCCCAAUGCUCAGAGAGCAGCCCUGAGCCCUGCCAGCUGCCACAGGACACGGGGGGGUCCGAAGAAGGGGGGGAUGUUCCAUCUGCCAGCCAACGCAGCCCGGAGCUGCAGCCGGCGGUGGAGGAGGAGGUGCCCCAUCCCAGCACCACGGAGGAUCCCGCUGAGCACCAGGAGAGCAGAAGCCGAGGUGCCCAGGAGGAGCUGCCCACCCCCGGGGAGAGCGAUGCAUCCCCAGGGGGAGCCCCGCAGGCCGCAGCUGAGCCCCCCAGCGCCCGCUCCCCCACCCGUGAGCCUGAGCCCGAUUUCUACUGCGUGAAGUGGAUCACGUGGAAGGGAGAGCGGACGCCCAUCAUCACCCAGAGUGAGAACGGGCCCUGCCCGCUGCUGGCCAUCAUGAACAUCCUCUUCUUGCAGUGGAAGGUGAAGCUGCCCCCGCAGAAGGAGGUGGUGACGUCGGAUGAGCUGAUGGCACAUCUGGGGGACUGCAUCCUGUCCAUCAAACCCCACGAGAAGUCGGAGGGGCUGCAGCUGAACUUCCAGCAGAACGUCAAUGACACCAUGAUGGUGCUGCCCAAGCUCUCGACGGGUCUGGAUGUGAACGUUCGCUUCACGGGCGUCUCCGACUUCGAGUACACCCCGGAGUGCAUCGUCUUCGACCUCCUCAACGUCCCGCUGUACCACGGCUGGUUGGUGGACCCGCAGAGCCCCGAGGUGGUGCGAGCCGUGGGCAAACUGAGCUACAACCAACUGGUGGAGAAGAUCAUCACCUGCAAACACUCCGGCGACCCCAACCUGGUGACCGAAGGGCUGAUUGCUGAGCAGUUCCUGGAGUCCACGGCCUCCCAGCUCACGUACCACGGGCUGUGCGAGCUGACGGCCGCCGUGAAGGAGGAGGAGCUGAGCGUCUUCUUCCGCAACAACCACUUCAGCACUAUGAUAAAGCACAAGGGCCACCUGUACUUGCUGGUGACGGACCAGGGCUUCCUGCAGGAGGAGCGCGUGGUGUGGGAGAGCCUUCACAACGUGGACGGCGACAGCUGCUUCUGCGACACGCAGUUCCACCUCAGCCAUGCCCUGGGCAAAGAGGCGGCCGCGCCGGAGCAGAGCCAGCUGGACCAGGACUACAUGAUGGCCCUAUCCCUGCAGCAGCAGCAGGGCCAGGGCCCCUCAGCACUCAGCGACCUGGAGCUGGCACGGCAGCUGCAGCAGGAGGAGUACCAGCAGCAGCAGCAGCGGCCCCCCCCGGCCCCCCCGCAGGGCCGAGCACAGCAGGGCGGCCGCCCGACACCGGAGCGGAGACAGCGGCACAAACAGAACUCGGACUGCACCCUCCUGUAGCCGACCCCCCCGGGACCCCCCCAUCCUGCAGGGACCCUCUGCAGGUCCUGGGGACGAUGUGGUGUGAGAUGUGGGGGUGGGGGGGGCCCUCCUUGCACAGUGCUGGGACCCUCCCUGUUUUUCCAGUGGCCUUAACGUGGGGGUGAGGAACCCGUGGGAGCAGAGUUCCCACCCCUACCACCCCACUAUGGACCCUCAGGAGGGGGGGGAGAUGUGUGCCCCCUCCCACAACAUUGCCUUAGCCAAUAAAGGACUUUGCCCAUUGCA